GCGGGCCCGCCACGACUGCCUGCUGCUGGAGGCCGGCACCGUGGCCACCCUCACUCCUGAAGAAAAGGAGGCAAUUAAAGGGCAAUAUGAAAAACUCAUGGAUGCCUAUGGCUGCUUGGGAGAACUCCGUCUAAAAUGUGGUAACACUCGGCUGCAUUUUCUGGUCCUGGUGACAGGCUGUACAUCAGUGGGAAAAAUCCUGGAUGCUGAAGUUUACAAAAUCACCGCAACAGAUUUCUGUCCUCUCCAGGAAGAAACCAAGGAAGAGGAUCGUGUUAAUGCCCUUAAGAAAAUUCUGAAUUCUGGGAUGUUCUAUUUCUCCUGGCCAAAUGCAGGCUCAAAUUUUGACCUGACAGUGCGGGCCCAGAAGCAGGGUGAUAACAGUUAUGAAUCUGGUAACUCCUUCUUCUGGAAUCAAUUGCUGCACGUGCCCUUUAAACAUAACCAGGUGAACUGCUCCGACUGGCUGCUAAAAGUGAUCUGUGGCACAGUGGACAUCCGCACUGUCUACGCAUCUCACAAGAAGGCGAAAGUCUGCCUCAUUUCCCGGAUCAGCUGUGAACGAGCUGGGGCCAGGUUUCACAUACGAGGGGUCAGUGAUGAUGGACACGUGUCCAAUUUUGUUGAGACCGAGCAGACGAUUUAUUUGGAUGAUGACGUCUCUUCCUUUGUUCAGAUCAGAGGCUCCGUUCCACUGUUUUGGGAGCAACCAGGGCUUCAGGUUGGUUCCCAUCAUCUGAGACUUAACCGAGGCCUGGAAGCUAAUGCCCCUGCUUUUGACAAGCAUAUGAUGCUUCUGAAGGAGCAAUAUGGAAGACAAGUGAUCGUUAACCUGUUGGGAAGCAGAGGAGGAGAAGAGGUGCUCAACAGAGCUUUCAAGAAAUUGCUGUGGGCCUCUUCACAUGCUGCAGACACGCCCAUGAUUAAUUUUGACUACCAUCAGUUUGCAAAAGGUGGGAAAAUAGAGAAGCUGGAGAAUUUGUUGAGACCUCAGCUAAAGUUACACUGGGAUGAAUUUGGCAUCUUCACAAAGGGCAAGAAUAUACCUGCACGUCUACAAACAGGUACCUUGCGAAUGAAUUGCCUGGACUGUCUGGAUCGUACGAAUAGCGUACAAUCCUUCAUUGCACUUGAGGUUUUGCACACUCAGUUAGAAAGCCUAGGGUUGAACUCCAAGUCUAUAGUUGAUCGCUUUGUGGAGUCCUACAAGGCAAUGUGGACUCUCAAUGGUCACAAUCUGAGCAGAGCAUUUACAGGCAGUCGUGCCCUGGAGGGGAAAGCCAAGGUGGGGAAGCUCAAGGAUGGAGCCCGCUCUGUGUCACGCACCAUUCAGUCAAAUUUCUUUGACAACGUGAAGCAAGAAGCUAUCAAGUUAUUGCUUAUGGGUGAUUUCUUCAGUGAGGAAUAUGCAGACAAAGGAAAGAUGCUUAUGGACAACACUGCUCUGCUAGUGACUCCGAGUAUUUUGAAGGCCAUGUCAGAGCGUCAGUUUGAAUUCACGCAUUUCAAGCGGAUUCGUGUUGCCAUGGGGACCUGGAAUGUGAAUGGAGGCAAACAAUUUAGAAGCAACAUCCUUGGUACCAGUGAGUUAACAGACUGGCUGCUGGAUUCUCCCAAGCUGUCUGGGGUUUCUGAAUUUCAGGAUGAUGAGAGCUGUCCUCCUGACAUAUUUGCUGUGGGAUUUGAAGAGAUGGUGGAACUAAAUGCAGGGAAUAUUGUAAAUACCAGUACAACUAAUAGGAAGAUGUGGGGGGAACAGCUUCAGAAAGCAGUUUCCAGGACUCACCGGUACAUUCUGCUGACAUCAGCGCAGCUUGUUGGUGUUUGUCUCUUCAUCUUUGUACGACCGUAUCAUGUUCCCUUCAUCAGUCACUUGACAGCUGGGCAGUCUCAAGUGAAAGAGAGAAAUGAAGACUAUAAAGAGAUUACACAGAAACUCAGCUUCCCAAUGGGAAGAAAUGUGUUCUCGCAUGACUAUGUGUUCUGGUGUGGUGAUUUUAACUAUCGCAUUGAGCUGACAUAUGAAGACGUCUUUUAUUCUGUUAAACGACAAGAUUGGAAAAGACUCAUGGAAUUUGAUCAACUACAACUGCAGAAAUCCAGUGGAAAAAUUUUUAAAGAUUUUCAUGAAGGCACUAUUAAUUUUGGACCGACCUAUAAAUAUGACGUUGGCUCAGAGGCUUAUGAUACAAGCGAUAAGUGCAGAACCCCUGCGUGGACUGACCGAGUGCUUUGGUGGAGAAAGAAGUUUCCAUUUGAUAAAACAGCUGGAGAGAUCAAUCUCCUAGAUAGUGAUCUGAGUGCUGAAACUAAAGUCAAGCACACUUGGACUCCUGGUGCCCUGAUGUAUUAUGGAAGAGCAGAGCUGCAAGCAUCUGAUCACAGGCCCGUGCUAGCUAUUGUAGAAGUGGAAAUCCAGGAAGUCAACAUGGCUGCCCGUGAGAGUGUUUUCCAGGAAGUCUCAUCCUUCCAGGGCCCGUUGGAUGCCACUGUAAUGGUAAAUCUCCAGUCACCAACACUUGAAGAGAAAAAUGAAUUUCCCGAGGACUUGCGGACUGAGCUGAUGCAAAUAUUUGAGAAUUAUGGCAUCGUUGUUCUUGUCAGGAUCAAUCGAGGUCAGAUGAUGGUAACUUUUGCAGACAGCAGGUCAGCGCUCAGUGUUCUGGAUAUGGAUGGUAUUAAGGUCAAAGGCAGAGCAGUGAAUAUCCGGCCUAAGACUAAGGAUUGGCUGAAGGGCUUUCAGGAGGAAAUCGCUCGAAAACGGGAGAGCAUCGCACCCAUGUCACCCACAGCAAACUCCUGUCUGUUGGAGGAAAACUUUGAUUUUUCAAGUUUGGACUAUGAAUCAGAAGGUGAUAUACUAGAUGAUGAAGAUGAUUAUUUGGAUGACAUGCUGCCUCAGCACCCAAUAACAGAGAUGACAGAAGGCUUAUCUGAGAGUCCUGAAUAUUUUACUGUAGCACCCACUGUAACUUCAAGCAAAUCUCCAGUGCUUAGUGGAGGAAAGCCACGUCCAUAUAAAGAUGAUUCUGACCUAGCUGAAUUAAAGCAGGAUCUGGAAGGAGGUGGGGAGCUUCGCCACCGUUCUCCAAGCAGAUCUCUGUCUGUUCCUGGCAGGCCUCGCCUGCCUCAGCCACCCCAGAGACCUCCCCCUCCAGCUGGAGUGUGUGUCAAAAAAUCCCCUUCCGAUGGUUCCAUCUCCUCAGGAGGCCACUCUCUGUGCUCCAUCCUGCAGACGGCAAAGCUUCUCCCAGGGGCGCCUCAGCAACCACCUAAAGCCCGGACUGGAAUAAGUAAGCCUUAUAAUGUCAAGCAGAUCAAAACCACCACACCUCAGGAAGCGGAGGAAGCUAUUAGAUGCCUGAUGGAAGCAAAAGGAGGAACACAAGAGGAUGCUCUAAAGCCUGCUCCGAUAAGAACCCAAACAUUCACCCCACCUAACGCCUUUCCCAGCGUCUCCAAGUCAGCAUCAUUUCCGGGGAUACAACCAGGACCUAUGCUCGUGCCCCAUCGCCCUCCACCCAAAGUUCCGACUGUAAAGAAACCAGUGGCUUUGCAAAGAACUGGAGUCAAACCCGAAAAUCCUGUAUGUCCAGAAGAGCAGCUUGACCAGCAGCCUGCCCGCUUUCACAUUGGAUUGUCUGAGUCCUGCCUUGAAGCCAAAGGCAUCACCAGUCCCACUAGAAUCACCCCUGUGCCUAAGCCCAGAACAAUGCCGCCUGGCAAAGCUCCUGAGAGAAGAAACAGCAGCGACAGGCAGCCUCCCAGCCCAGGCAUUUCGGAGGCAAGUGUGCCACCUCUGCAGAACUCCUCCUUUGCCCCAAAGGUUCCGCCCCGAAGGAAGAAGUCUGCUCCUGCUGCUCUUCACCAGCAGGUGCUUCAGAGCAGUAACAGUGUGCUUCUCAGGGGCUUAACAUUCAAUUCCAACAACAACAAUUGUCCUUCAGAGCACAGUCCUACAGCACAGGAACUUGACAUCCUCCCUCUUUCUCCCAGAGAUUCUGAGCUUUCAGCUUGCACAUCCACUGCCAGCCCAGACGGCAGUGGUACUAAGCACUUGACAGCGACUGUUCUGGAGUUUAUCACUGACUUUCAAGGCCCUCCUACCCCAGACAUCCAGCAGCCACCGCAGUUUGACACCAAUUCACUAACAGAGAGUGUCAAUCUCUUAGACCUGGACACAGAUGUUUCCUUUCCACUUGCCACACCAGCAACAACUAGCCCCACACACACUCCGAGAGAUUUGAAACUCCCCAGUCACUGGGUUACAUUUAGUGACGAUGAAGACAAUGGUACCUCAUCAGAGGGAGUCAGCAAACUGCUUGUCUUAGAGCAAAACAAAAAUACCUUGAUGGACACAAAUGCUAAUUUAGAGUUGGGAGAUUUUUUCCCUUGAUUUUUUUUUU